UCGAUUCAAUCAUGUUCUGUGAUGUUACCCAGCGAUGCAAAAAGACAAAAGCACGCUGAUUCAAAUAUGGGCAAUAUACCACGCUACAUAUGGUAUUGAUUGGAAUCAAUUGGAUUUGGAGCCCCAUUGUGAUUUAUUUGUUUGUAUUUGCAUUGAACAAAGCACUUGAAUAACAGGAUGAGAUUUCGUGGUGGUGGAUUUACAGAGAUGAAUAUAGACUUGUAAAUAGAAUAGCAAUUAAGCAAGCAUAAGUUUCGUGUCUCGCCACACGAUCGGCGUUAAUGUACCAGGAUCGCAACCUGUUUGCUUGCUUCAGCCAGCAAACAGUUCAGUUGAUAUCGAAAGGCCAGAAGAGCUUUUCGGGACGCUGCAGACUCUUGCUGUUGUUAGAAAGGCAUUAAAUUUUUUUCACAGCUUGAAUAAAAAUACCAGAGAUUGUUUCUUAGUGCCGCGUAAAUAGGAUCCCAGUGCAAUCCAAGGUAUUCUUGCUGCAGUUAGUGAAGGCAGUUGGACUGUCGCAAGAAAAAUGGGGAAUUGCAUGGGACAGAAGAGAAUAGGGAAGGAAGACACUGGGAAAGGACGGGCACCAAAAACCCCAGUUAAAGACCAAGGAGACAACGCGCCGUCGGCAAACGAGAAAGAAGUAGAGAAGGAGGCCAAAAGUAAACAACCCGCCAACAAUAUUCAGGCCAACGAAUCGAAUGAUCAGAACUUAAAUCACUCCAAAAAGCAAGAUGAUAAACCCGAAGAAGUGACAAAGGACUCAUGUAAACCUGAAGAGAACAAGGGAAAUGGCAACGAUGCUGGAAGUGGUGUGUUAACAACAAGUUGGGUGGUUUUUGAUGAAGACGACGAUCAGAAAUCCAAGCAGGCUGAUCGAAAAACAGGCGAAGGGGCGAAAGAGAAUGGCCUAAAGUUAGCAGAGGAGAACCAGGCCAGUGAGAAGAAAGAUGGAGCACUUAAAGUUGAUAAACAGAAAACAAAAACAAAGGAAGCUAGCGCCGAACCUGGAAAGCCUGUUUUGCAAAAAAAUAAAGACGAGAAAGCCUUCAAAGGAAACGGUAAACAGAAAGAAGUUGUAAUUAAAGACGACAAGAAAGAUAAAGCUAGCCAAGAUUCAAGAGAAGAGAAAGCUAAAAAAUCAGAGAAAGUUGAACAGAAAAAAGAAGGCAUCGAAAAGGCAGAGAGUGCUUCUAAUUCAGUAAAGGUGUUGCAUGAGGUUAAAAAUGGGCGAAUAGUUGCUACGGAAAAAACCAAGAAUGAGACCGAAUUAGAGAGAAAGCCAGACGAACUGGAUGCCAAGGAGAAAAAGAUGCAGGUUUUAUGCAAGAAGAUGGAAAGUUAUUCUAAGUCCCUAACAACCUUUGGAAACGUGAUUGAUUUUGAAGAGAACAUCUUCAUGGACCAACUUUUAAAUAAAACAAUUUUGCUGGAAGAUAUAAAAAUUUGUGGCAGGGAAAUCAACGGCCUAAUUGCAUUAUCGGGUGAUCAAAAGCCUUCAAAAGUGGUUGUAAUGUGCACAACAGAUUCGUGGAAAUCCAAAGCGGAAGAGGAAGCGAUUCCUUUUUCAUCCUCUUACAAUAUCAACGAUUUUCAUGGGCAAAGAUUCUUUUUCUCUCUUUUCGUUCCAUUUGCAAAGUCGAUCGAAUUUGCAAUCGAAUGUUUUGUUGAAAACAAAACUUAUUGGGAUAACAAUGAUACGAAGAACUAUUUUGUUGAAAAUUGGAAGAAGGAAAAUGAACCAGGAAAAUUAAUUCCUCGAUUCUUAACACCAAAGCACGUCGCAUUUGCGAAAUUUGUCCAGUUGAAAUCCGUUUGUGUAAAAAGCGCAUCUGCUCAGAAUGGGGAGGUAAACAUAAAAGUUGCUACUAAAAAGUGUCUUGGAACCCCACCGGUUGUGCGAUACACACUGAACAAUUGGGAGUCGUUUUCAGAUGUUGCUAGCGUCAAAGAUACUGAAGUAUUGGAUCAAGCUCCUGAGCGCGGUUACGAUUGUUAUAUGGUAAACUUUAAUGUGCCAAAAGAAGCGAAGUUGGUUUUUGCAAUUAACUGGAAUCAUGAGGGAAAAGACGAAUGGGACAACAACUUUGGCAAGAAUUAUGAAGUGACUGUUUAACAAUGAAUGUUUAUUUAGUUUUGUUGUUAUUCGGAAAUUAAAAUUUGAUAGCUUUUAUUCUUCUUUAAGUGACUUAUGAAACAGUUUUCAAAAACUCACCCUCUCGCUGCCACUCGCUGCUACUCAACAAUAAAAGUUGAUUUAAUUUCAGAGAAAGGAAUAUUAACUUUGAUUCACUCAAUUGCAUCGUCAGAGGAGCAACUGCACGGUAUGUGAUUCCUUGGGGGCAUUCCCAUAUUCUCUUGGGAGACUCUCGAGCCUCAGUUGUGCACUGGGAAUUUUUAAUCAUUAGUUUAUUCAACAAACUACGCAGUACAGCCUUGUUCAUAAAGUUCAGUGAAAUAAUGGAAAAUGUUUUUGAGAAUUUUAGUUUGUAUGUAAAGCUUGCUUGACUA